AUGGAUUUCAAGUUUUUAGGCUUUGUUGCACUUCUCCUUCUUCUUCUGCUGUUGGGUUCCAGUUGUUGCGGGGGACAAAAUCUGGUUCCUGGUUACUACAAAGAGACAUGUCCGGCGGCAGAAGCCAUUGUUAGGUACAACGUUGAGGCUGCUGUGGUGAAGCGACCCCGGCUCGCCGCAUCCCUCAUUCGCCUCCAUUUCCACGAUUGCUUCGUCAUGGGUUGUGAUGGAUCUUUGCUUUUGGAUAGAAAAGGGCAGAUGCAGAGUGAAAAGGAUGCGUUCCCAAACGCCAACUCGUUGCAUGGAUUUGAGGUGGUUGAUAAGAUCAAGAGUGAUGUGGAACAAGCUUGCCCUUCUACUGUCUCUUGUGCUGAUAUUUUGGCCAUUGCUGCUCGUGAUGCCGUCGUUUUGAGAGGAGGACCAAGAUGGGAAGUUUUGGUAGGGAGAAAGGAUUCACUGAAUGCAAGCAUUGAUGCAGCCAAUGACUUGUUGCCUUCCCCAAAUUCCACCCUAAAGGAACUCACAGACAACUUCAAACAACAGGGCCUUGACAUCAAAGAUCUGGUGGCUUUAUCAGGCGCCCACACCCUGGGGAAGGCAAGAUGCUCGAGCUUCAAUGGAAGACUCGACGACCUCCUCAAGGCCCAAACCAACGACAAGUACCAAAGACACACAACCUUUCUCCAAACCCUAAGCUCCAUAUGCCCAAAGAACGACCAAGAACUGGCGCCGUUGGAUCUUCAGACGCCGGCCAGAUUCGACAACCAAUACUACCUCAACAUCCUCGAGGGCAGAGGCCUGUUGGGCUCUGAUGAUGUUCUUGUCUCUGAGAAGGAUGGCGUGGUUAUGGGCCUAGUAUGGGCUUAUGCCUUGGACGAGGAGCUCUUCUUUCGAGAGUUCGCAAAGUCCAUGAUCAAGAUGGGGAACAACAUCAAUGUGCUCACGGGAAGCCAAGGGGAAGUUAGGAAGGAUUGUAGGUUUGUUAACGUCUCCUAGCUCUCUCUAGCUAGGAGAAAAAAUGGGUUGCAAGAAAUGAACAAAGAAAAACACUAACACAUUGAUAAAUGAGUUGGGUUUGGGUCGGUUCAUAAUGGGUCUUAGGUGUCGUUUGGUUUUGG